CUGCCUGCAUCUCAACUACAUUCGUGCGUAGGCUUCUGGAGAUUUUGUUCCUCACUAUGCGCGCUGAUUAAGCUACACGGUACUUUCGUCCUUUGCCAACGUCGCCCUAGGGCUCUCCGUUCGCGUACCCAAGCGCGACCGAAAACAAACAACUGAAGCUCCUCACUUCGCGACCUGGAUAUAGCGUCACUCGUUUGCACCACUCGCGGAUCCUCCUAGACAUACCAUAUACAUCUUAGUUCUCGUCAAAUAUGGCUUUCAGCUUUAGCAAUACUGGCGGUGGAGAGAAGAAGACCGGUACCUUGUUUGGCAGCACCACAGCACCCGCUUCGGGUACAUUCGCUCAAUCGCAGACCAACGCGACAGGAACUGGCCUCUUUGGUUCGACGGCUGCCCCCCAGAACAACAGCAACAGUCUGUUCGGAUCCACACAGCCUCAGCAGAGCACCGGUCUCUUUGGUCAAACCCAGCAGCAAAAUGCUGGUUCGAGCCUCUUCGGACAGCCACAGCCGCAGCAACAACAACAAAAUGCUGGCUUCAGUUUGUUUAGCCAGCCGCAGCAGCAACAGCAGCAGCAAGGGCAACAACAACAGCAACAGACAAACAUGAGCAAUAGUCUCUUUGGAGGCUCGUUCCAGCCUGCGCCCAUCCUGAACAAUGCUCAGGCGCAAAGUAUCCAACAACAGCGAGAAGGCCUUCCUCAACUACGGCAGUCAUCCGCACAGCCUUUCGCUGGCUCCACCAUGGCAGGUCAAAGGGAGAAAUCGGUCGUCGAGCAGAUACGGAUCCUGAAUAACAAGUGGGACCCUGAGAACCCCGAAUGCGUCUUCCAGUACUACUUCUACAACUCGGUCAAGCCCGAAGAGGCGCCUUUUUACGGGCCGUCGCAGGGCGAGGAUGAGAGGAAAUGGGAAGAAGCUCUGUCAAAGAAGCCAAGCCCGGGCGCCAUUCCUGUGCUUGCGCGCGGUUUUGAACAAGUUGGAGAGCGCAUACGACAACAAGCCGUCGCCGUGACAGCGCUACGAACCCGUCUACAUGAGAUCAACAAUAGCCUGUCGUUACUAAAGGACGCACACGAGCUGACAGUAGCGUCGCGCAUCACCGAAGCGAAGCGGAAACACAUCGUCUUCACCCAACGAACACUAGCCCUUGCGACAAAGGUACAAAUCUUGCGAAACCGAGGCUACGUCAUGGACCCUCAGGAGGAAGACCUGAAGAAGAAUCUCAUUGAGCUUGAGAAGCAAACCUUUGAUCCCGUCUUGGGAGGGCGACAAGAGGAGAUUUGGGCGCGUAUGUCCGGCGUGCGCGAGCGUGCACGGAUACUACAGGAGGAGACUGAGAAGAUGGGCAGGACCAUUGAUCAGCAGCAAAACGGCGAGCUUCUCUCGGAAGAAGACCAAAAGGCGCUGGAGAAGCUCCUCAAAGACUACGACCGACAACUCGAGCACCUCAAGAAAUGGGUCGACGAUACAAAGGAAGAAUACGACGAGUGGGAGACGACAAAGCAGUCAAGGCCACUCAAGCGGUAAAGGGAAUAUAUUCCAUAUUGCGCCGUUGGGCAUGUACGAUGCAGGAUGAUGAUUGUCAUAUUGGCCAAAGAAAUACAUUGAGCAUUGUGAGAGAUACUAAGUAGUUAUGGAUUUGCACUCUUAGAGAGCUCCUCAUAAUUUUAAGCGUUGCAAGUCAUGCAGCUGUUUCUGCGCUCCAACGGAGACAUUUCCCGGAACUU